AUGCAGAAGAAGAUGAAGAAAGAUGAAAUAAGGCAGCGUUGGCACAUCCGAAUGAAAGGCCUCCUGUCGGUGCCAUCGCUCCUAGCGCUCUCGUCGACCACAGCGAUCGACAAUCAAUUGAUUGAAAACAGCGCCGCGGCAUUCCCAAGGAGCUCGAGCGGGCGGGGUUUGCGGUCCCUGUCACGGGCGUGUAUACUUCUCGGCGGCGGACGGGAAGCGCGAUAA